ACUUGGAUGACCUGAAUCAGAGCCUGAUCAGAGCAUAGACUGUAUAAAGAAUCGGAGCUGUGUAGAUGGACAAGCUUUGAAUUAGUUUAAAAAAUAACUUGCUAGGUGGCUAGCUCUGUUUUUAAAUAAAGGCACAUAGAAUAGCCAGUUAAGUAAAUUACGAUAUUUUACUCAGCCAGGAGUUGCAAAAUAAGCAAUUAAUAGGAGUCAUGAAUGGUAGUUCAAGAUUGAAAGCAAGCCUUGGACAAUAGACAUUUCUCCAUGGAGCAUAAAGAAGGAGCCUUAUGUUUGCCCUGAUCUGACUGCCUGUUAUCGCCUUCAGACGUGUCUGUGGAGUGUCAGGAGUUCUAGUCGCGGUACUUUGAUGCAACAACAUUGACCGCUUCCUUGAUCCUCUUAGAGAGUCUGCCUCUGAGCUUGGUCCACUGCGGUUAAAGCCCCCCCCCCACACCCCCCCCGCCAUCCCUGCUCGGCGGGCACCAGCUCCCGGAGGAAUGCUGUUCUCCCACCGGACCAGCCGCGCGUUACGAGGGCUCCACAGGGGGCGCUGUGCCUGCUGAGAGACUUGGCGGUCGCGGCCGCUAGCUCGGGACUCGUUCGGCUAGCAGCCCGCGAUGGACGACUUCGCGACCCGGACGUACGGGACCAGCGGCCUGGACAACAGGCCGCUGUUCGGAGAGACGUCCGCCAGGGAUCGAAUCAUCAACCUUGUAGUUGGUGGGCUAACAGCUUUACUAGUUGUAGUAACGGUUAUUUGUUCAUUUGUCUUUCCUACAUUACCUCCGAAACCUUUAAAUAUCUUCUUCGCCAUCUGUAUCGUCUUGAUUUGUGCCGCAGUUAUGGUACUAAUAUUCUGGUAUCGUCAAGGAGAUUUGGAGCCAAAAUUCCGUAACCUGAUAUACUACGUCCUGUUUUCAAUUGCCAUGCUGUGUAUAUGUGCCAACCUGUAUUUCCAUGAUGUGGGUAGAUAAAUUAGCUUGCACGUAUGCCUUAUGAAACAUUUAAUAAACACAAGCUGUUCUUCAUGAAUCUAUUGUACCUUAAGCACAAAGAAUGUUGUUAUUGUAUUUAAAUUAUAUGUAUUAACCAUUCAAUCAUAUGGAGAUCAUUAGCCAACAUUAUUUUAGCAUGCCAUUGAGCACAGAUUUCUGCGUACAAUUCAGGGACUUGAAGUGGUUUCUCAUCUUCUCAUGGAAAGGUUAGUGUUUACUUUGAGCAGUGAAGCAUGAUCUUUUUUGUCAGGGUAUGCCAAAUUAUCUUUUCCCAACUGUUGCAUUUAGGGUUGUAAUGUGCCCGUCUGAAAGUCAGUGUUGACCAAGGAAUGUCAUUAUUUUUCAUACCUAUGCCAAUAUAACCUAUCCUGCUAUAUAUGCAAAAUAAGGAUGGAUCUGCUCAAGUAAUCAGCUGUUGGUGGCACUGCUUUUUUGGUUACAAUAUGCAAAACAAAUGUAAUCAAUACCCUAGGAAAGGUGGGCCGACAAAACUUCAGCUUUUUAUGUUAUUUAUGUAUACAAUGUGUAUAAAAGCACAAAGUGUAUAUUCCAAACUUGCAUAUAGUUUUUUUUUUUCCAGUGGCAUCUUUUUAUUUUUUAUUUGUUUACAUUCCUUUUAUUAAAGCACUUGAUUGAAGAUGUGAUGGUGAAGGAAAUCAUCUGUACAUGUCGACUGCAUGUGUCCUCCUGUCCUGUUUAUUAUUUUUUUAAAUGGUGUCACACAUGUUGUCAUUUGUGAUAUUGGGUCUGUCUGUUAGCGAAACUCACAAGAUCCACCAUCGUUGUGUCCCAACUUCUUGUAAUAAACUGAAUCAGUGUGUAA